UUAUUAGCCUGUGACACACACUAGAAAAGCAGAGUAGAGCCAUGUGGGUGGCGUCACGUUAACUUCAGUUUGGACUAAUUGUUGGUUAAUAUCGUCAAAAAAUGAGCUUGAUCGUUCUUGGUAGCUUAAGUAUAGUAUAGUGAUAGUUUUUGUGAGUGUGUUUUGUUCCCAUUACAUUCUUGCGCUCUGUUUCGAGCUGAAUUAUGGGGAAAUCAAAGACCCGGAAUCAGAAAAAAGACCGAUUACAGGCCAACCAUGAGGCCGAGGAGACUUACUCGGCUGUGCCCCACACUUUGGUGUUUCACCGGGGCCAGGUUGGAAAAAACGUGGGUCAGCUCAUUAUCGAUAUCCGAAAAGUCAUGGAGCCCUACACCGCAGUCUCUCUCAAGGUUAGGAAGAAGAAUGUGCUCAAAGACUUUGUUGCGAUAGCAGGACCACUGGGAGUGACACACUUCAACAUCUUCAGCAAAACGCCCACCAGUAUCAACAUGAGAGUUGCUCGUCUUCCCAAAGGUCCCAUGCUUCAUUUCCAGGUCACCAAGUACUGUCUUAUCAAAGAUGUCGUUUCAUCUCUGAAGAAGCACAGGAUGCACGAGGAGCAGUUCAAGUAUCAUCCACUGCUCAUCCUUAAUAACUUUGGACAAGAUGGCAUGCAUAUCAAACUUAUGGCCACCAUGUUCCAAAACAUGUUUCCUUCCAUAAAUGUGCACAAGAUAAGCCUCAACACCAUCAAGAGGUGUGUCCUGUUAAGCUACAAUUCCGAAUCAGAAGAAAUUGAAUUCCGGCAUUACAGCCUCAAGGUUGUCCCUGUGGGAGUGAGCCGUGGAGUCAAGAAGCUGAUGCAGGAGAGGUUCCCUGAUAUGAACAAGUUUGAGGAUAUCAGUGAGCUGCUGAUGAAGGGGGCAAACCUCUCAGAAAGUGAAGCUGAGCAAGACGAGGAGCACAACGUUACCGAACUUCCACAGGUCUACUCUGGAAGAGGCAACAUGGCGUCCCAGCAGAGUGCCGUCCGCUUGACCGAAAUUGGUCCUCGCAUGACUCUGCGGUUAAUGAAGAUUCAAGAAGGGAUGGGCGAGGGGAACGUCAUAUAUCACUCCAUGAUCUCCAAGACGGAGGAAGAAAUCCAGGAGAUCCUGAAGAGGAAGGAGGCAAAGAUAAAAGAGAAGGAGGAACGCCGGAAAAAGCAGGAGCAGAACAUCGCUCAGAAGACAGAGAAAAAAGAAGAGCACAGGAAAAAGAGCCUGGAAGGCAUUAAGAAGAAACGUGCCGAAGCUGAAGAGGACAGUGAGGUGGAGGAUCCAGGGGCUCAGGACGGUCAGGGAGCUGAUGCUGAGUCUGAUGACGAGGCAGAGUACUACAGACAGGCCGUAGGAGAGGAGCCAGACGAAGGCAUGUUUCCGAGUGGAAAGAAGAAGAGGAGGAGUUCAGAAAAAUCUCAUGGACCUGCCAAGAAGAGGAAGUUGUCCCCUGGUCAAUCUUUAAAAGACAGAGGUUCCAAAUCACCAGGAAGACAGCAUAGAAACCAAACAGGGAAAAAACAACAGAAAGAAGGAUGGAAGAAAUCCAGGGGUGGGGAAAAAUCAUUUGGGAAGAAAAUGAAGCCUACAGGAAAGGCUUUUGGAGCAAAGAGAGCUGGAGAGCAGGAUAGAUUUGGUGGGAAAAAGAGAAAUGGGGACAGACCAUUCAAGUCUAAAAGUCAGAAAGGCAAAAUGGGCUUUAAUAAGAAUGCAGGAGGAAGAAAGCAAGGCUUCAAACAGAGGAAGGGAAAAGGCUGACCUUCAGUACUUCCUUUUAAACUGGACUUGGAGAAAUUUUCUGUUUCCAACAGGAAACGUGGAAAAGUUGUUAUUUAACUGGUGAAUGCUUUAUCUGCAAGUGACGCCUGUGAGAGUUUCCUGUUAGCAUUUAUAUUUGUCACCAGAAAACCGACCUCUUUCUGUUAUGCAAAGAUCUUUGAAUUUCAAACUGUAUUUGUUCUGUAAAUAAAUUGACUCCCAGUUUGUCUCUUUUUAA